AUGUGCGGGAUCACAGCAACCAUCAGACUUCGACGAGGUGCCGCUGUUUUCGCCACAAACGGACACGUCGGUCUCAAUGAAAAUGGCCCAAAUGGAUUGCCAAACAACCAGGCUUUACACCAACAGUUGGCGCAAAGUCUUGCAACAAUUGCUCAUCGAGGCCCAGACGCUGAGGGCAUCUGGAUCAGUCACGAUGGAGCCAUCGGUCUGGGCCACCGUCGCCUUGCCAUCAACGACUUGACGUCUGACGGUGUGCAACCUCUGCACAGCGACGACGGAAUGAUACAUGCCGUCGUCAAUGGAGAGAUCUAUGACCAUGACGCUAUCCGAGAACGGUGCAUUCAAGAUCAUGAAUAUCAGUUUAAGGGCCACUGUGAUAGCGAGGUUUUAAUUGCCCUGUACAAGAUCUAUGGAGCUCCUGGAUUCUUCAAACAUUUGAGGGGAGAAUUCUCCUUUGUGAUUUUUGACGAGAGAGACGGACGGGUGAUCAUAGCUCGUGAUCGCUUCGGCAUCAAGCCUAUGUACUGGACGAUUGUGGGUGAAGGCGCAGAGCAACGCUUACUAUUGACAUCUGAAGUCAAAGGCUUUUUACCCCUUGGUUGGGCGCCUGAGUGGAAUGUGCCUGGUCUCGUCAGUGGACUGGCCCUACAAGCUGAGAAUACGGUUUACAAGGAUGUCUGGAAAUUGAACCCAGGUUCUUGGAUGGAGAUGACGCAAAGUGGUGUGAUUAAACACCAUCAAUACUGGGAUCCUGAGUACAAGGAUAAGCAUGAAGUAGAGACGCGUAGCUUGGAUGAAAUUGUUCUGGGAGUCAGAGAGCGAAUUAUCGAAGCUGUGAGGCUUCGGCUCCGUGCUGACGUGCCAGUGGGCAUCUAUUUGUCAGGAGGCAUUGACUCCUCAAUCAUCGCCGGAAUUGUGACAAAGCUUGUCCGAGAGGAAGGCGUUAUGCUGGGUAAUCAAGAUGCCACGAAACGGAUUUCCUGCUUCAGCAUCCAGUUCCCUGAGGACUCGGGAUUCAACGAAGCUGAUAUUGCGCAGCGGACGGCAGACUGGCUCGGUGUGCAAAUCCUCAAGAAAGACAUGAACGAAGAAGAGCUUGCGAAAAACUUUGUUGAUUGUGUCUAUCACACCGAGCACCACCACUUCGAUCUCAACUCCGUCGGGAAAUUUUGUCUUUCCGCGCUUCCACGACAGUAUGGCGUGCCAGUUGUUCUCACGGGUGAAGGGGCUGACGAACACUUCGCCGGGUACCCAUUCCUGAUGCCAGACUUUCUCAUGGAGCCGGAUUACGCAUGGCGAGACUCUGAUUUGGCAAAGAAUGACCAGAUACGAGAGGUCAUGCAGAAGGAAAUGGCGGACGACCUCAGAAAAAUGUUCACAAGAGUCGGCAUGUUUGAUCACAAGUGGGACAAGACGCCUCCGGCCUCCCACCAUCAUGGCAUAGGGAAUAAUGCUUUGAAAUGGCAGCCUCACUCGGACAUGUUCGCACCUUGGGUCCAAGAUUCUCACGGGAGAACCGAUAUGAGAGAAAGUGUGGCCAAGACCAUGUCAGCCGAAGUACGCAAAAACAUGGACGAAAAGUGGCACACACUGCACUCUUCCCUUUACUACUACACUCGCGGUGCGCUUCCCAACAUGAUCCUCACCUGCUUGGGUGAUCGUACCGAAAUGGCGCACAGCAUCGAAGCAAGGCCCCCUUUCUUGGACCAUCACUUGGCUGAGUAUGUCAAUGGUCUUCCACCGAGUCUGAAGAUUGCAUACAAUCAGCCAGAGGGCGAUACGGAUGGAACGGGAUCGAGUUUGUGGUGGAAGAAUCUUAGUGCUGCCCGCCAAUCCUUGAGCGAGAAGUGGAUUCUCAAGGAGGCUGGCAAGCCCUUCAUCACUCAGGAACUGCAUGAUCGUCGGAAGCACCCGUAUUCAGCACCCGUUAAGUGGCCUCGGGAAGGGCCCAUACACCAGCUCUUCAAGAAGCUAAUUACGAAGGAUUCGGUGGAUAACCUGGGCUUCUUGGAGUGGGAGGACGUGAAGAGCUGGCUGGAGCGCGGGUUUGGGGAUGAUUCUGAUCCCAACGCUUUCAGAAAGUUGGUCAUUACCGGAUCGUGGGUUGUCCUAAGCCGGCGAUUCGGCAUCAAAAAAGCGGUCCCAGCGGAGAAGACCGGCUUUACAUGA